AUGUGUGACGGCCAGGACAUCACAUAUGGAUUAAUUGGUCAUUUGAAGAAGGAUAGAAAGCCUUGUGAUGUGGAAUAUGUGCGGUCGGUUUCUGAAAAGACCUUGUUAGGGUUGGAACUCCAGCAUCAACGGGGUAUUGUUCAUACUGACUUGAAGCCUGCGAAUAUCUUGUUUUCGACUGCGGGAGUCAGACAAUAUGAUGAGCUUAUGAGACCUGCUCUCAAUCCUGCUGUACUGUUGGAAGGGGUGGAGCGGGAUGAUAAUGCUCCAAAGUAUCUGGUAUCGCCACAGCAGCGUCGGGUGCGUCUGGAUAGUAUGAAGACGUCUAAUAUAUUGGCUAAGGUUGGUGAUUUGGCUGGAGCAUUACGAAGUGACCAGUUCGAUCGGAUACUAGUAACCCCACUAGCCUUGCACGCUUCUGAACUAAUUGACCAGAGGCCUUGGGAUGACAAAAUUGAUAUCUGGACUUUGGGUUGUCUAUCGAACUAG